UAUGUUUCACCCGAUUUCAGAAAUAGUUUAGUUUUUAAAUAAGUACAUGUUGAUUGAAUUUAUUUAACGUUACUCAAGAGUAUCAACACUGUAGGUAGUUCAAGCAAAAUAUUCACACUCAUAAAAGGAUUCAACACUGAACUUAAAAUAUGGAAAUGCUGGCUACUAUGUUCCUUAUUGUGAGUUUAUUAUCUGGUAUCAUCUACGCACAUCUAGAAGAUCCAAUUUGCGACGAACUGGGCAUCAACAUGUACGAAGACAUCGGCUGUCAAGCGGUGAAGAAAAACAACUCCAUCUGUCCGAUCAAGUACGAAUGCAAUUUUUCAGGCAACGACAGACAAUGCGUUUUCAAAGGGAUCACUUACUCAAUGGCAGAUGGUUUCGCUAUAGACUUCACUUACGAAAAAUGUAAUGUGAUGUGCCUCUGCCUGUUUCCGGGCGGCAAAUUUCGUUGCAGUAUAAAAGAUUGUCCGCAGUGGAAAGGAGUUUUCCUGAAACCUGGUUGUUACAACAAAUAUGAAGUAAAUAAAUGCUGUGCUGUUUCUCAAACUUGCCCUGCUUUUCAUAAAGAACCCGAGGGAUGCGAGGUGGACGGAGUCACAUAUAGAAUAGGAGAGAAGUUCCGUCCAAAGCUAACAUGCCUGACAUGCAUUUGCACGAAAAAUUUCAAAAGCGAAUACAGCGAACCGGAUUGCCAGAGGAUGUCUUGCGCUGUAGAAAUCAACGACGCAGAUAAAGUCCAGCAAAAAUGUGCUCCCUAUUACGAAACGACUGAUGACAACCCGAUUUGCUGUCCACUCGGUUGGAUUUGUCAAAAGGUAUCUGAUGAUGUUAUCACCCUGAAUCCUGAAGUUAACAACGAUCCAGAUUUCAUUUGUGAAUUCGGCAAGACCAAAUUACAACUAAGUGAAGGAUUGUACACAGAAAUCAAGUUGAAUGGAACCAUUAAACAAGCCAAAUGUGAAUGUAUUAUGCCACCACUACUCACAUGCCGGAAUAUUUAAUGAAAAAUAAUGACGUUAUUGCUAACUGAUAACUUUUAUUUUAAAAACAUUGUGAUGUGAUUGUGUCUAUAUUUUUACUUCAAUAAACCUGUCAACAUUU